AUGUCCCACAUACCACAACAUGACAAACAUUACGACGCGAAAAGCCUUUUUGCAGACCAAUGGGACCUGAUUGUAAAUAAAAAUACGGUGGCGAUCAAGCUUUCCAAUUUCCCUCCCAACUUCACUAUUGAGGUUAUCCUAGAAGCACUUGCUCAGGUCUUGGACAAUCUAAGUCCCCCUGGUUACAUCGAGCAGUUGUGUCUUUCAGAUAAUAGAUUAACGCAUCUCCCUAAUGCAAUAGGGUUGAUUCUUUCACCGAAAUUACGAGUUGUGGACUUACAUAACAACCUACUCACGUCAUUCCCCCUGAUACUAAGUCAAUGUUCCAAUUUGGAGAGCCUCAACCUCGCACAGAAUUCUAUUAAGUUCAUUCGACUGAAGGAGUUUGUGGAGUUAUUGUCUUUGAGAUAUUUGCUGUUGAGAGACAAUAAGAUCUCAUUCACAACACCUUCGUUGUGUGACAUUUUGUCUCUAGAAACCAUAGUUUUGACUGGAAACCCUCUAAUAUUACCGCCUAUUGAAUUUUACGAAUCAAUCUCGAGUACGAACGAGCUAAAAUCUUACCUCUUCAAUAACCGUGUUGCUUUAGACCAACAUAUCGAUAGUCAAGCCCAUGUCAUUUCCAAGCAGAUCUCUCCAUCUACACCAAGUUUUGUCAGAACGAGAUCUUUGUCUGACACCAGGUCAAAAUCGCUGAAAGCUUCACGGAGGAUGGGUCUUAUCAUCAACAGCAGUAAGGUUACCCCAGAUGGAACACUAUCUUCAGCUGGAGGCGUGUCAAUAGACUCUAUCACUCCAAGUAAACCUGAGCGGAAACUUCUGCUUCCAAAUGAGAAACUCGACUACUCAAAUGAUGAUGAAAGAGACACAAAUUCGCACAUUGAGUUCUCCAAGCUUCAAAUUGGCACCGCUGGAUCUGGCAAUUCAAAGACUAUAGAUUCCUCGUUAACGAGUAAAGUUCCCGAAUUUGUACGUAACCGAGCCAACACGUAUAGAGAGGAACACGUAGGUGAAGCACGAGAAUUUUUCGAUGGAGAUCACAAAUUGAAUACAUUUUCAAGGCGUUUGUCGACCCUACAAGAACGCCCAAAUGAUGAACUCGCACGAGUACAGCAGCGAGAUCGCCAUACUGAAGUACCAAGGUCAGAGCAGGAAUCUAAAAGUACUCCUGAUCGCGCAGCUGCUUUCGAUAUUUCCCCUUCAAAAAUGAGCAAAGCGACUUCGCUUGCAUCGGCAAAUGGUCUUCAAACACAACUUUCUCCCCCUUCCAACGUAAGCACAUACAACUUUCGCAACUCUUUGGCCACGAUGACAAUUGGUAAGAAGCUUAUUCAUUGUCUAUACGAGUUCCGCCGCGUUCUUGCUCGAUUCUCGUCAGAAAGACAGCCCUCGUCGCCUGUGCUAGUGAAGUUGAAUUCCUUCAAUACCGAGAUCAAUCUGAUCCAAGAUAAAAUCAGCCUCUGCGAAUCAAGUGAUGAUUCCAGCACUUCUCUAACCUUUUUGAUACACGGAUGCACCAAUUUGCUUAGACAACUCAUUAGUCUUUUUGCCGAAAAUUCAAAAACUUUGGGUGUAAAUUCACAAAUAUUUGAUCUCAGGGCCAUUUACUUAUCGCUUUACGGUGUUGUAUGCGAAUUGCAAAACACGUAUAAAUUGACUAUGUCAACUUCAAAGGCGCUCAGCACAAUUGGAAAAGGCAUCAAUGUUGCCAGCCCAAAUUUGCAGGAUUUACGAGCAAAAAGUUCUUUAACACAACCACAAAAGGACCUGAGUACUGAAACUUUUGUGAGCGACAAUGAGGUAGACAACAGGUUGUUAAGAGCCCUUGAAUUUUCGGCCAAGGACGCUCAUAUUGUUCUCAAGGAACUAACAACAACGAUAAGUUCACUCUUGAGUCUCAACCUGAUGAUGGCGCCUACUAUGACACCUACACUCACCACUAGAUGCAAAGAUCUUAGCAGUGUGUGCUCUGCUACAGUCGAGAUAAAUCGCAGACUCGCCAUCAACUUAAGCAAUUUCAGAACGCAGCAAACCAUUCAAACCAAGAAACUUCUAUGGGACGAUAUUAAUGCAUUUUUGAAGGCCAUUCUUCAAAUUUUCGCCGCAGUGAAGGGAAUUAUGAACGAGGCACCAGUACUUAAUGAUGUUCGACAAUCCAUGGCAAAUUUGACAAAGUCUACAAAAGAAGUCACUAUACUCCUUGAGGCAUCGUCAUUUAAAACAAAAACAGAGCUUUCGACAUCUUCUCUGAGCUCCAACCUCAGUCUGCUUGGAAAUGCUUCACUAAAUCAAGGGCAGCUGUCUAAUCUGAUCUUCACUUCUUCUGUUAAUCUUCAACAACUCUUCAAUCCCAUCUCAUCUGUGCGAACACCCUCUGCAUCGAACCAUACUCCAUCUUCCAACACUGGGGACAUAUUCGCGCAUGACGGAACAAGGUCAACUCUCAAUAUAGCUUCUGGUGGUGUUACGCAACAGAGCUCUAUCCAACAGAAUGCCGGACCGCUGAUGCCAACUCUGGAGCCUGGUAUCGCGAGCAGCGCUUUUCCAGUAGAUCAACAAGCCAGCAAAGCUGUAAACCCCUUUGAACGCAUGUAA